UUAUAGAAUCGUUUCUUUAACACUUCACAAAACUUCAAAAUGUCUAGCUCUGGCAUCGUAUUGUACGGCGUGGACCUGAGUCCCUGUGUGAGAUCCGUCAAGCUCGUCCUGAAGGCCCUCAACCUGAAGUACGAAUUCAAGGAGGUCAACCUGCAGAAGGGGGAGCAUCUCCAGGAGGCGUACCUGAAGAUGAACCCACAGCACACGGUGCCCACGUUGGAUGACAAUGGCACCUACCUGUGGGACUCCCAUGCCAUCGCCACCUACUUGGUGGACAAGUACGGCAAGUCGGAUGAGCUGUAUCCCAAGGAUCUGGCCAAGAGGGCCAUCAUCGACCAGCGCUUGUAUUUCGAUGCCAGCGUUAUCUACGCCGGCCUAGCCGGAGUGACUGGUCCCUUCUUCGCACAUGGGAAGACUGAAGUUGCCCAGGAGCAACUGGACACCAUCCAUCGUGGCCUAGCCCAUCUGGAGACAUUCCUGAGCAAUGGUAAAUACCUGGUUGGAGAUACCCUCACCAUCGCCGAUCUGUGCACCGGUCCCACUGUCAGUGCCCUGCGAGCUGCUGUGGAUAUCGAAGCCAGCGUUUAUCCCAAGGUCUCCGCCUGGCUGAAUCGUCUCAAUGAGAUUGCCUACUACAAGGACAUCAAUGAGGCGGCUGUCCAGGGCUAUGUCGCCUUCCUUCGCAGCCAGUGGACCAAGCUGGGUGACAAGUGAAUCCUUCACUGAGGCCAUAACUGCCAUAACUCGCGUCAUUCACAUGUUCAGUAAUUUCAUUCAUUUCCGAUAUUUUUAAGGGCUUAUCAUUAAAUAAAUUUAAAUGAAAUACUGAAA